AUGUGCAAGGUCAUCAAGUAUCGCUAUACCAAGUGCUUCAGACCCGAGGACGCGGGUGAUGACUAUGACGAAUAUGACCCGAAGAAUCUUUGCGACGGUGGCGGUCUUGAACACAUGAAAUUCCCCUGCACCAUCGAGGUUUGCGACAAGUACGAAGAUGGUAUUCCCCCAUACUACCACGAGUGGCCGGGUUGGGAAAACGAAGCGACAAAAUGCAAACCUACAGUGGAGCUCUGCUAUCUUCCAACCUACUGCGCCGCCCAUCGUCAGGCAACCAUCCACUACAAAAACUUGCCUAAUCCAGCCGACGACAACAUCCACACCGAGCCUGAACAGCUGCCCGAAGACUUUACCUGGCAUGUCCCCAGAGUGCAGUGGAAGGAUCCUGGUUUCCGCAUGGUGGACUGGAAUCCAGAACCAAGAAAAGUGCCUCUCGACCAGCCUAAUGUCAGCCCCAAAACACAAACUACUUUCAAUCCCGAGCACGGCGGCGUCAUCAAUGCAUAUUACGACGCUGAACACUGGAUAUCAGCCGAUGGCCGGCCUAUAGACUUGUUAGAGAACCAUUACGACGACCCGGAUAUCAACGACAGACCCGUCUUUCCGAGAGAGAAGAGGCCGGCUAUGCCGCCACCGGAAGCACUGCCUCCACAAGAUGACCAGAAUUCACGUCUUCAAUCGACUCAAUCCGGAUUACAGCAUACCGACUCUCAGGAACUAUCGCCUACAGAGCCCCCAGAACCAUCGCCUACCGAGUCCCAAGAGGCAUCGCAUCCUGACUCUCAAGAACCAUCGUCUACCGACUCUCAAGGAUCAUCGCAUACCGACUCUCAAGCAUCAUCGCCUACAAACUCUCAAGCAUCAUCGCAUACUGACUCUCAAGCAUCAUCGCCUACAAACUCCCAAGGAUCAUCGCAUACCGACUCUCAAGGGUCAUCACCUACCAAUUCCCAAGGAUCAUGGCAUGCAGACUCUCAAGAACCGUCGCCUACCAACUCCCAACAACCAUCGACUUCAGACUCCCAAGAACCACCACAGCCCAACGGCUCUCAAGCGCAAUUCCAGUACAACCUCUCUCAGAUAGCGCAGCAGGCCCUUGACUCCAUGCAACCAGCAGCUCAAUUGCCACGUAGCGUGUUCGGAACUUGGCGAGAGACAUCGAAAUCCAGAAGGUCGGCUGAUUCGUCCUCAUCAGACAGCUCUGCAUCAUCGUCUUCCUCCUCCAGCCUGUCAAAGAAGCGCAAAAGAGGAGACGAACAAGAGGCUGUAUUACCAAUUUCAACAUCGCCGGCCCAGCUUGCCUUUCCCACAAGAACCCAGACACCCGUGCAGCCUGAAGAGCCACAGAGCUCAUCCCGAGAGAGGUCACCCUCAUCCAAAGAUACUUUUCCAUUCGCAAGAUCUAGCCGGCUACGGAAGCUGCUACUCGAAAAGUUGUCUCGUCUCAACACGGAUAUCCCGAGAGAAGCAUUGUUGGACGUUCCUCACGACGACCAGCACGGAAAUCUCCUCCAGCAGGACGAUGACCCGGCAUGGGGAUGGGUAGCCGAGGUGAUGAAGCAAUAUGCAGAAGAACAGGAGAAGGAAUGGGAAGACGAAUUGGAGAGGCUAGGCCCAGCCGAGAAGCAGAAGGCAUACGCCGACAAAAUCGAACAGGUCUGGGAGGCAUUGAUCACUUCGUACGAAAGUGGCGAGCUCCGCUUCAGCCCAUUCGAAUACCAAGACUCGCCUCAUCCUCCUCCUCCCAAGAGACGCAAGCUCAAUGCGCGACGGGCGGCUGCGCCAGCUACAAGGACACACCAGAUGAGGUUGAGGAGCAGUGGUGCCAGUACCGCAACACGUACGCACCACAUGAAUCUCCGGCCUCGAGCGCCCCCGGCCCCAGUGCAGCCAACCACUGCGGCUGCCAGAGCAGCAAGAGGGAGAGGCAGAGCCGCUCGAGCAGGCACUCGCGGCAGAGGCAUUGUCUGGAGGAACGGCGCGGCCCAAUCGGCCAAUGUCGUCGUCCUUGUUGACAACAGCAAGCCCCGAGGUGGGAGCAGAGUCCAAAAGAAGAAGGCGGCGGCGUCGGCCCAAAGAGCACCAGCAGCAGCUCAGAGGCGGUCGCGAGGACGGGCGGCGCUGAGAAACGCAGCGACGUCCACAGCCACGGCCACAGGGCCAGGGCCCAUGACGCGCUCCCGGCGAGCAGCGCAAGGUGCCCAGCUUUUUGCGGGACUGGAUUAA